AUGCCAAAGAAGGAGAGCACCAUCUUAGUGGAGGACGACGAGACCGUCAACAGAGUCGCAGUGCGCAUCCCGCCUUUCUGGUCAGAAGAUCCAGAGCUGUGGUUUGCCCAACUGGAAGAGCAGUUCAUGCUAGGCGCUAUCACCGAUGACGACGUCAAAUAUGGCUACGUUUUGUCGAAGCUAGAGCCACGACAGGCAAGGGAGAUCAAAGAUGUAAUCACCAAUCCCCCCUCCAGCAACAAAUAUCCAGCUAUAAAGCACGCGUUGAUUCAACGACUAACAGAUUCACAAGAGCAGCGGAUCAGGCAGCUUCUGGAGAGAGAGGAGCUUGGAGACAGGAAGCCUUCGCAAUUUCUGCGACACCUAUCCACCCUGGCAGGAACGACAGUCUCCGACGACUUGCUGCGGACACUCUGGCUAGGGCGUCUUCCACCGCAGACAUCAUCGGCCAGCAGCAGCAGCAACAACAGCGGCAGCAACAACCAGCAGCCAGAGUACGCUGACUACGCAGAUGGAGGCACUCACCCUGCAAGUAGCAACUCUCACCGCACAACUGACGAACAUGGCCAAAGAACUACGGAGAGGACGCAGCCGAGCACGAAGCCGGUCAAGGAGCAGACCUCGCAGCAGAACACCAGCCAAAGAGGGUCUUUGUUAUUACCACCGACGAUUCGGUGCAGAAGCUCGCCGAUGCACUCAGCCAUGCACGUUCCAGAAAAACGAGUAGGGCAUUCAUUGUUAGCGGCCAAUGACAAAAGCCCGACACACUGCCGCUUAUACGUAACAGACCGGAACACAAGAACGAAAUACUUGGUGGACACCGGCUCGGACGUCAGCGUUUUCCCGCAAACAACGAUGAACGGCAGAAGACGACCAGAAGCAUAG